UUAAGACUGUUGGUUAAUAAAACCACUGUUGUUUAAGUUAACUGUCUGUUCAAAAAAGGGGGCUCUCUAGAAAGUUCUAAUUACAGUCCAGCCUAAUUGACUUCAGUGAGCAAUGGACUACUUCACUUGGUGGCUCGCCAUUGCUGUUUUCUUCCAUCAGUUCCAGUGUCCUGAUGCUGGUCAUAAAAAGGUAAAAGCGCAUGAAAAAGCUGUUGUCACAACAGAUGGCUGUAAAACAACUUUAGGUCAGGAAAAGCGAAAAUGUGAAAAAGGUUCCAUGCUUCCCUGUUUAAAAAAUAGAACUGCGUUGGAAUCAUUGAAAGGGCAGCUUGUACUGUGUGAUACUAAAACUGACGGGGGUGGUUGGGUCAUCAUCCAGCGUCGCAUCAAAGGUGAUGUGGAAUUUGAAAAUAAAACCUGGGCACAGUAUCGAGAUGGAUUUGGCUCGUUUGAUGGAGACUUGUGGAUUGGAAAUGCUAUGAUUAGAAAACUGACACAUGCGGGUUAUACUAAUUUGAGGAUAGACAUGGAAUAUCAUGGAGAAAAACUGCACGCUUUGUACACGCACUUCAAAGUUAAAGAAGAGUCACACUUCUAUCAGAUGUCCUACAAGGGCUUCAGUGGUAACGUACGGCAUGAUGAUUUCAAAAGCAGCAAUGGGAUGAAGUUUGCCACUUUCGACUUUCCUGACAACGGUUGUUCACUCUGGUACGGUCGUACCGGCUGGUGGUGGCAGGUCUCAAAGGCCAGUUGCGGUGCCACAAACUUGAACGGAAUCUGGGCGUGUAAAGACUACGGCAAAGGAAUCUACUGGGUGGCACACACUACUAAUCAGAGAAGUCUCAGUUUUGUUGAGAUGAAACUUCGAAAAUCAGACCCCUAAUCAUUACUUUGGCUUCCGGUUAAUAACCCUCUGACCCCCAACCCCUUAAACCCACACAGACACUAAAAAGGCACUUUACAAUAAACCCCAGAGAAGUCUAUACAAAGGUAAAUUUAAAUGUAUAUAUUUUUUUUCUACAUAAAAUAAAGCUACUCAGCAGCCAUGAAGUAAUCAGAUUCGCACAUGAUAAAAAGUCAUACACCGACAACUUAAAUAUAACAUAGCCUAAUGUAAAGUAGUAUAAGUCUAAACUAGAACACUGUAACAUAUUGUUCAAUAUAAGUAAGUUAACAUUAUAUUUCGUUAUAUAAACUUAAUUGGGGAGUAAUGGUAAUGUCUGGGGUUAACUACCCAGGUCGGCAUUGAUAGGACAAGAUUUUGUUGACUUCAGUUUGUUUCUCAUGUUUUUGAAAUCAAUAAAAGCUGA